GGAAGUCACUUCGCUUCCGGCCUACUCUGGCGAUUCUUCACCAAAUAUUCUGUGCUGGGCAUACUUUAUACUCUCGAUCUAUAAAGUACAUCGAUAAACUGACCUCAGAGCAACGACAAUCCAAUCUCAACGAAAGUAACGGUCAUCCCGUGGAAACUUUGGACUUGGCCUUCUACCUCUGGUCAUCUAAAGUGUAUGGAUUUCCUGCUGUCUUUUUGACUUCAUUGCCGUUGUUGCCACAUGAGCAGGACAACAUGAGUCGAAAGAGGGACAAGCUGUUGGAUGGACUGGAACAGAGUUUAUACACUCUAACCAAGGACAACUUAUGUUACCUGUGCGUUCGUUGUGGAAUAGGCUCCAAGGAUAGGUUCAAAGGUAAAGAAAACAGUGAACGCACGCUGCGGCGUCAAAUCAUGGAGGAAAUCUGGGAAAAUGAGGAUUCAAAGUCUUGGUUACUCCAACUGAAAGAGGACAUCCGAGGUAUACAGGAGGAUGCUAGACAUGUAACCAUGAGCUCCAGUGCAUCGAGCAGCAUGUCCUCGAGUCCCAGCCAGUCUGAUGGUGAUGGGGACGCUGCAGACUGCCAUGAAGCUGGGAAGCCUCGACAGUUGGAAGUGACUCGGCGAACACACACUGGAGAGAAUCCUUACAGCUGUAAUCAGUGUGGGAAGACAUUCACUCAGUCAGGAAGCCUGGCAACUCAUCUGAGAACACACACUGGAGAGAAACCUCAUAGCUGUGAUGUAUGUGGGAAGACUUUUAACGUAGCCUUCAAUCUGAACCGACACCAGCGAACACACACUGGAGAGAAACCCUACAGCUGUGAGAAGUGUGGGAAGAGCUUUUCUCAGUUAGGACUACUGGCCAGCCACCGUCGUUCGCACACAGGAGAGAAACCGUAUGUCUGUGAUCAGUGUGGGCAGAGCUUUGUCAAUCCGGGAUCCCUGGCAAAGCACAAGCGAAAACUACAUGCAGGAGAGAAGCCUUAUAGCUGUGCGGAUUGUGGGAAGAGUUUCUUUGAAUCACAUACCCUGGCUAACCAUCGGCGGACACACACAGGAGAGAAGCCUUAUAACUGUGAUCUAUGUGGGAAAAGUUUUGCUCUGUCAGGAACCCUGAUUAAACAUAAGCUGACUCAUACAGGAGAGAAACCGUACUGUUGUGACCAGUGUGGGAAGAGCUUCCGUGAAUCAGGAAGGUUGAAAGUUCACCAGAGAAUGCACACUGGAGAGAAACCUUACGGCUGUGAUCAAUGUGGGAAGAAAUUUGGUCAUUCGCAACACCUGAAAGAACACCUGCGAACGCACACAGGAGAGAAGCCAUUUAGCUGUGAUCAGUGUGAGAGGAAAUUCACUCAACCACAACACCUGAAAUCACACAUGAGAACACACACUGGAGAGAAGCCGUUUGUCUGUGAUCAGUGUGAGAAGAGAUUCGCUCAUUCACAACACCUGAAGGAUCACAUGCGAACACACACAGGAGAGAAGCCAUACAUCUGUGGAGAGUGUGGAAAGAGCUUUGCUAGAACAGGAACAUUGAAAGUGCACCAGAAAUCACACGCAGCAGGUGAAGUGUGUACAGAUCUGCCUCCCCAGCAGCAGUUCCAGAACCCUCAAAUAAAUCUGAACAGCCCAAAGUAACAGAACCCUCAAUAAACUCUGAACAGCACAAAGUUCCAGAUCCAUCUCCCUCCCCGGGAUCAGUUCCAGAACCCUCCAUAAACUCUGAAAAGUUCCGCUGCUGGACUCCUCUAGCACUAGGCAAUUAUGACACCUAUCUGUUUUAUAUAUAUGCGGUAAAGAGGUCAAUGGAACUCGACCAAAACAAUAGAAAUGCCAUGGACACAGGUGGGAGAAAGAUGCCAUGGGGGAAAGAUCCCGAAUCUCCUCAUGGUCCCCUCACUAUAUGUUGAGGUUAAAAUCAGAGUAUAAUGCUUGUAUGGAUGUCAACCCCCAACACAUGUUCAUGUCAUCAUCACCAAAUCAACUGCAUUAUAGUAACAAAAGGACUUUGACUGCCAUCAACGAUUUGUGUAUGCUACAAGCUCAUGAGAACAGGAGUUAGCAUUUAGCAGUUACAUCUUCUAAACAGGAAAAGGGACAACUUUAAAAAUAUUAUGCAGAGGAAAAUAUAUCGAAACUGGACUUCAGUAACCACUGUGUGGGCCUGUUACAUUACAUAAAUCAUAUGACUAAUUUGACGAACAUAUCCACUUGGUUAGAUCAGAUGUGUUGAAUGUGAGCCAAUGACGACGUCACAGCGUCCUGAGUUCCAUUGACCUCUUUUCCCUCAUCUCUGCCUGAAUCCAGCUCUACAGAUUCUGAAUUCAGUUUUAAUAGAUUAAAUACAAACUUUUUUUUUUCCUCAAUAGAAAAUGUUUUUUAAAAUUGAGGUGUGGUCAGAAAUUGAAUAAAAUAGCCUCAUGUACUUUUAUCUGCUUUAAGAUGACUUAAGACACUGUGUACAGAAACAUUGGUUCAUUAAAAUCAUUGAGUUACAUGGA